CGGGACGGAGCUGAAAUGGGUUGGGUCCUCCUAACUGCAUGGAUAAUUGCCACUUCAGGUCUAUGCAUGUCGAGGGCCUACACACCAACGCAGGUGUUAGGAGUUGUGGGGAGCUCGGCUUUAUUCAAAGUAGCCCCCCCUCCCAAUUUUCACAUCCGGGAGUUCUUCUGGAGUUCUUUGCAGCCUUCCGAAGAGUUGGUAGCCACUUCGCUCAAGGGAAGCCCAGAGAUCCAGUACCGGUCCCGUUUCUAUGGAAGGACUCGACUCCACGACAACUUCACCUUAGAGAUCAAUCCAGUGGAUUUAGAAGAUGCUGGGAAGUUCUCCAUUCUCCUGGUGGACACCACAGGACAUAUGCAAAAACAAACUUUUGAGCUGAAGGUUUACGAUACGAUUUCAAACCCAGUUAUUCAGGUGUUCACCGAAGCAAAGGACCUCAAUGGCUCCUUCGAAACUUGUCUCGUUUUCUUGACUUGCCACGCAGCCAGCAGGACUAACGUCACUUACGAGUGGGCAGGGCUGGGGGGUAAGACCGGCCCUAGGCCGAAGCAUUGGCUGAUGGAGGCGGGCCAGGUGCUACGGACCAAACUGGACCCCAAGGAAGCUCUCCAGGUGACCUACACCUGUACGGCCUCUAACGCCGUCGUCCACAAAUCAGCGACCGUCGAGCUCCGUGACUCCUGCCAACAACCUUCAGAAGGUGAGAAGAAGACCGCACACAGUCUCAGGGAGCUUCUCUUAAUCAUCAUCCCAGUGGCCUCCUUCUUCUUCUUGCUGGCUGUCCUUUCGUGCGUGUGCUACAAACAGCACUCCGGGAAGAAAAUGUUCUACAGAGUUCCCGGAAAUGAAUCAAUCCAGCUUUAGCAGACGGGAAACAUGGAUCUUCCUCGGGUUAUUCAGGCUGAGAAGGUGGAAGGAGUUUUGCUGGGGGAAAAUUCCCUUCUACCUCUCAGAGAA